CAUUGAAUACAGGUCUCCGAUUCGUUUCACCCAUGCAUUUCUUUUCUCUAUGUUCGAGGCGCAGACACAUAUACUUUUUAUUCAUAAACUGAAAGUGGCCUCCGUGGUCCAAACAUUUUGUCGCACACGUUGAAUUGUAAGUAGUAUCUGCACGAUGGACUAUGACGAAGUCAUCAAGAAAAUUGGCACAUUUGGAAAAUUUCAACUUCGUCUCUAUGUCGUGCUGUUCUUUCCGGUGAUUUUUAAUUCUUUCAGCACACCUAUUAUCAUAUUUUUCCUUGGAGACCAAUCUUUCAGGUGUAAACUUCCGGAUUGGUCAAAUGAUACUUACGCCAUCCAAAGCAGCUACCAUGAAUCUGCCAUCAAUUCCUCCAUCCCCACCACGUCAGAUGGGAAAUACAGCGAAUGUAAAGUCAUUCGUAAUGGAACAAGUGAAAAAUGUACAGAAUGGGUCUUCGAUAUUUCAACGUCUACUAAUACUAUUGCUUCACAGUUUAACCUGGUGUGUGACAGAAUGAUGCUGCGUCCUCUCGCCAUGACCACCUACUUCAUCGGGUACGCCACAUCCACCGUCUUCCUGUCCAUCGUUGGAGACAUAAUCGGCCGGCGACUGGAAUGCUGUGUAUGUCUCACCUGUCUGUUCGUCACCAAUAUCAUCAUGCCAUUCUCAACAUCCGUCUACAUGUUCGGCGUCCUUCGCUUCCUUGACGGAUUUUUCGCGUCCACCAGCUACCGAACCAUCUUCAUAAUGGGGUUGGAAUUCAUGACACCGAAAUUUCGCCUGGUUUCCGGUACUGUCAUGCUGAUCGUCUACUGUACGGGGGCGUAUGUACUCGUCUUCAUUGCCUAUUUCAUCCGAGACUGGAGGUGGUUACAGCUGACUGUCGCUAUGCCGAUGGCAAUACCUAUCAUCUACUGGUGGCCGAGAAUUUUUCCAGAAUCUCCGAGAUGGCUGAUAUCUCGUGGAAGAUACGAGGAAGCUACGAAAAUCUUGCAGCAUGCAGCGAAGAUGAAUAAGAAAACGUUUGACGAUGACGUCACCUUGUUGAAGAUUAAUGAGAAAAGCAAAACAGAUGAGGGAAUAAUGCAUAUCCUUAAGGACCUUUUCAAAUCGAAAGAGCUGGUCAUUCGAUUGCUCAUCAUUGCAGCAAACUGGUUCACCGUUGCCUUUAUAUACUAUGGUUUGACGAUCAACAUAGGGAAAUUUGGCGGGAACUUGUACUCCAAUUACGCCGUCUCUAUCACGGCGGAACUGCUGGGAUACCUAACGGGCUUCCUUCUCGAUAAAACGGGGAGAAAACCGAUGCAUCUUGGUGUCUUUUUUGGAAGUUCGGUCGCGUGUUUCCUUUCUCUUGUCCCGAUACUUGUGUUGGAUGAAUCAUAUAACUGGUUGUUGAUCGUGUUCGCUAUGAUUGGGAAGUUCGGAGUAUCUGCAGGAUUCGGGGAGAUCUACUUAUACACAGGAGAAUUGUUCCCGACCGUCGUCCGGAGCCUCAUUAUGGGUCUCUCUGGGGCAGGGUCACGGAUAGGAGCCAUACUCUCUCCAUACAUGUUUUAUCUGGCUGAUGGGAUAUUUGGAAAGGUGCUACCCUUCUUGAUAUACGGAAUAUUGACCUUCUGCGUUGCGAUCUUAUCACUGAAACUUCCAGAGACAAAAUUAACCAAAUUACCCCAACAAGUGCAAGACGCGCACAUUGAGGAAAAUACCAAAGAUUCAUCUAUAAAAAAAGAUGGAGAAGAUGCAGAGGAACUAGACGGAUUUGUAGAAAAUGAAUUUUGAUAAAAGCAGCGUGUUUUGAAAAUGCUUCAAACAAUAUGCAAGCUUGGAACAAACACGCCACGUGACAUUUGUAGUCACAUCCACCCAGUGUGCAUGUAUACACCGUGACGUAACCACAUCUACAGGAUCCUAAUAUCAGAACAAACUCUCUUGGAAUUCUGAUUACACUUUCUCCGCUGUAUGUCUUCCUCACAGAAUUGAGACUCAGACUAUUUUAAGUGGCACAGUCCCGGGACCAGUAUACCCGAAAGAGCAUUUCCUGUUGUGUAUUAGUCUAAUUAAUGCUCUUAACUAACUACUCGUAUAUACAUUUAUUUUACCUCGGAUUAGGUUUGUGCUCUGUCAUUGGAUAAAACGCAUCACGCGAUUGUCGGCUAUACAUGUAUGUCACUGGACAGCUAGUAGCAAAGAUAUAGACAGCUAGUAGUCAAAAUAUAGAUGGGCGUUUUCGGAAUUAACGACAGAUGCUGUAUGAAAAAAAAUAUCUGAUGUCGUACGGUCCUUGAAAAGUAGAAUAGUUAUCGGGAAUAUAAGGUUUUUUUGCCUCGCAGUCUAUGGACUGAUACAUUUCUAUAAACGGUCAGUAAUAAAUCUUCUACAGAAAGGUAA